UGUAAUUUCCGCUCUCUAGGCGUGUGAACGCAUCGUUUGUGGCACGGUGUGCAGUUACCAUUCAGUCAGCCGCCAGAGACAAAGUGUCGCUAAAUCGUGUGAACUUUCUCGAAAAAUAUGUAUCUCAACACAAAUAAGCUGAAUAAUUUAUUUUCCGCGAUAUCUUACAACAAGAUUACAAUCAAACAAGCAUUGUGAAAAAAAAACCCACGCGUUAUCAUUAAACAUCUCAAUCAGCGCGUCGCAUCCGAGUUGUUGUUAUCAAUUGUUGAUAAAGUAGAUUUUUUUGCAUUGCAUGAUACAUUUUUACGUACAAAUUAACACGACUAACGAAUAACGUAUGUUUCAGUUAUUUUAUGCAGAAUUUCUAUCAGCUCAUAGCUAUUCCCAUACUUUAUCUAAUCACAAUUAUUGUGCUAAUAAAAAAAAAGCAAAGUAGAAAUUAAAAUAAAAAAAACAGCAACACAAAAAUGCUCCAAAAGGCAUAAAGUUCGAAAAUAAUAAAGAGACGUUGAAAAUAAUCAGCCGGUUCAGAGAUAAAAUACUUAAAUAUGCUUUCGUAGUAAGAGUGAUAAGUAUUACCCACCUAAAUGAUUCUGCUACUUGAAGCGCCUUAAUCACGAACACUUCGAUUCAGUUCGAACUGUGCGGCGAAUGAGUGGAUGCAACGGUUUGGUUUUAGUACGCACGCGUUACCUGGUGGAUAAAAGAUUUUGAAAGUGAAUUUGAAUUAAAACUAUUCCAAAGACAAAUUUAAAAGUUCCAACGCAGUCGGUGCAGAUAUAAAAAAAAAGAGUUACAGAAAAAUGGCAAGCGACUCAGCAAAUCGUCCCAGAAUGGAGCGUGGAUUGCACGAUCGCGAUCGCGCGGGCGUACAAGAUUUUGUGCUGCUCGAGAAUAUUCAAAGUGAAGAGGCAUUCAUUGGAAAUUUACGCAAACGUUUUCAAGAAAAUCUAAUCUAUACUUAUAUUGGUCAAGUACUUAUUUCAGUUAACCCUUAUAAACAACUGCCAAUCUAUAGUGAAAAUGAUAUCAAAGAGUAUCGUAACAAACACUUCUAUGAGAUGCCGCCACACAUAUUUGCCGUAACAGACAAUGCUUUCCGCUCAUUGAUCGAAGAGAAUAAAGGCCAAUGUGUUUUAAUUUCCGGUGAGAGCGGUUCGGGUAAAACUGAGGCCUCCAAGAAGGUGCUGCAAUAUAUCGCCGCCUGCUCUGGCCAUCAAUCGACUGUUGAGAGCGUCAAGGAGAAAUUGCUGAAGAGUAAUCCCGUACUGGAGGCAUUCGGCAAUGCAAAAACGAAUCGGAAUGUAAACUCUUCACGCUUCGGCAAAUAUAUGGACAUACAGUUUGACUACUCCGGCACACCAAUUGGCGGACACAUACUCAAUUAUUUGCUGGAAAAGUCGCGUGUUGUCAAUCAAAAUGCCGGUGAACGUAAUUUCCACAUCUUUUAUCAACUCUUGGCUGGUGCUAGCGAAGAAGAGUUGAAACGGCUGCAGUUGAAGCGUUCAUUGGAUAGCUACUCUUACCUGAGUGAUGGGCAAAACGGCGUUGUUAAAUACAUUGACGAUGUUGCCGAUUUCAACACCGUCAAACAGGCCAUGAGUGUCAUCGAUUUCACAGAGUCUGAGCAAAAAGAUAUGUUCAGCAUUAUCGCAAGCGUUUUGCAUUUAGGCAAUGUGACUUUCAAUGAAGCAGAAGGCGUUGCUAAGGUCUCCAAACCCGACGCCGUUGCAGCGGUGGCCCAAUUGCUCGGCGUCAGUCAAAACGCACUCACCGAUGCGCUCACCAAUCGCACAAUUGACGCACAAGGUGAUGUCGUCACUUCGCCAUUGAAUCGCGAGCUGUCCGUUUAUGCGCGCGAUGCGCUCGCCAAGGCUAUCUACGAUCGCUUAUUCACCUGGCUCGUACAACGGUUAAAUCGCUCGCUGCAGGCAAAGGAUCUGCGUGAUGCGCUGAACAAUGUCAUGGGUAUUUUGGAUAUUUAUGGCUUUGAAAUUUUCAAGAAGAAUAGCUUUGAACAAUUCUGCAUUAACUUCUGCAACGAGAAGCUGCAACAGCUGUUCAUAGAGCUGACACUUAAAUCCGAGCAAGAUGAAUAUCAGCGCGAAGGCAUUGAAUGGGUGCCCGUUGAAUAUUUCGACAACAAGGUGAUUUGCAAUUUGAUUGAAGAGAAGUACAAGGGCAUCAUUUCCAUACUCGACGAAGAGUGCUUGCGCCCAGGCGAACCCACCGAUAUCACUUUCUUGGCAAAACUCACCGAUAAGCUGGCUGCGCAUCCGCACUACAUUUGCCAUGAGAAAUCAUCGACGUUGGUGCAGAAGACUAUGGGACGCGAUGAGUUCCGGUUGGUGCACUAUGCUGGCGAUGUCACUUAUAAUGUCAAUGGCUUUCUGGACAAGAACAACGAUCUGUUAUUCAGAGACUUGAAGGAGACCAUGAGUAGGGCGGGUAACGAUAUCAUACGCUCUUGCUUCCCGGAGGGCGAGUACAAGAACAAAAAACGUCCAGAUACUGCGAUUACACAGUUCAGAAAUUCAUUGAACAACCUCAUGGAUAUCCUUAUGUGCAAAGAACCGUCCUACAUACGCUGCAUCAAGCCGAAUGAUCAGCAGCAGGCGGGCAUCUUUGACGACGAAUUGGUGCUGCAUCAAGUGAAGUACUUGGGUCUGAUAGAGAAUUUGAGAGUACGUCGUGCGGGCUUCGCGUAUCGCAGAACUUACGAAACAUUCCUCAACCGCUACAAGUCCCUCAGCAAAGCCACCUGGCCGAACUACAAAGGCUCGCCCAAGGAAGGUGUACGCGAACUCGUCGCCGAUUUACAGUAUGGUCCCGAUGACUACCGCUUAGGUGCUACGAAAGUUUUCAUACGCUUCCCCAAAACGCUCUUUGACACCGAGGAUGCCUUCCAAGUGAAAAAACACGAUAUUGCUGCCAUAAUACAAUCGCGUUGGAAGGGACGCCAACAGCGGAGGAAGUACCUCAAAUUACGCGACCAAAUCAUCACAUUACAAUCAUAUUGCCGCCGAUAUCUGGCCAUACAGGCACUACGGCGUCGUCGUGAAGCCGCCACCAAGAUACGCGCCUUCAUCAAGGGUUUCAUCACACGCAACGAUGCACCGAAUGGCUACAAUGAUGAAUUCAUUGUCAACAUGAAACGCAUGUGGCUUAUACGCCUGUCCAAGCAGCUACCAACCGAAGUAUUGGACAAGAGUUGGCCCUCGUCCCCGGUACACUGUCAGGAAGCAUCUACCUACCUUCAUCGCUUGCACCGCCUGCAUUUGGCGCGCAAAUACCGGCUGAGUUUGUCCGAUGAACGCAAACGGCAAUUCGAGUUGAAGGUGCUGGCCGAAAAGCUCUUCAAAGACAAGAAGGCCAACUAUUUGGCCAGCGUGCUAUAUUGGUUCCAAAAUGAUCGUAUACCUAAAGAGCAUGCGGCCGAAAUCAAUAACUUCGUUGGCACUUCGCUGAACGGCGAGACUCUGAAAUAUGCAUCGCCAUGCACGAAAUUCGAUCGUCACGGUUACAAGCCGCGGGAACGUUUUAUGGUGCUUAGCAACAAGGCACUCUACGUACUGGACGGCAAGAGUUACAAGCAGAAACAUCGUUUGCCGCUGGAAAAGAUCGAUUUUGUUACCACAAAUCAUAGCGAUAGCCUGCUGGUCAUACGCAUACCACUCGAGCUGAAGAAAGAUAAGGGCGAUUUGAUACUUGAGAUACCUUACAUCGUUGAGCUCGGCACGCUAGUCGUGGACACUGUCGGCACCGCCAACAUACUUAGCAUCGUCAGUCGAGACACUUUGGAACACAAUGUAGUUAAAGGCAAGGCUGGCGUUAUCGAUAUUCAAACCGGCGGCGAACCAGGCAUCGUACGCGAUAAGGGUGGUCACCUUGUUGUUAUUGCUGGACAAUAAAUAUGAGAUAGAAGUGCUUACUACCUUUAACCAGAAAUCAGGGCUUUAAAGACAACGGAUGUAUUUUUUAUAUAAAUAUUUUGUUAUACUUGUUAUCUGAACUUUGCAGCAGAUUAUUUCGAGAAUUUAUAAAAA